ACAGGGAAGGACGGCUGGCACCAGAUUUUUGCCUACAAGAACUGCCAGAAGGGUCUACGAGACGGAGAUCCCCAGUUACACUACGGUGGAGCAUUCGGAGGGAUGUAGCAAGCACAGGAAAGGCGAAAGUGAAAUUUUGGAUUUUAUGGGGAAGGAUUUUGCGGCUAACCCCAGCCAAAAGAGUCAAAACGCCAAACGAGAAGCCACCACCAGCUAGAAGCCUACGACUACACCUGCCCUACACACAAUCACCCUUACGGAACUGAAGAGCCUCCCCAGCACCAUUCCCCGGCCACCAGGAAGUUCCGGCCCGCGCACGCACCCUCACUCACACCCUCCUGCACAGAGCCAGCCAAUCACAUCACACACUUAUUAACAAACUUUUAUCUGAAAAUUCACACAACAUCAAUCAACGUCUACAUCACAGCAUGUUCAAAUCAACCGCUAGACUUGCAUCUAACCCAGUGUUGCAACGGUUCCUCACCGGAGCUGUCGGUGCCACUGGUUUGACUGCCUCAUACAUGUUGUACCAAGACUCAAUGAGCGCCAACGCCAUGACUGCCGCUGAACACGGAUUGCAUCCACCAGCUUAUGGCUGGUCCCAUAACGGUAUGUUCGAUUCCUUCGACCAUGCUUCCAUCAGAAGAGGGUACCAGGUCUACCGUGAAGUGUGUGCUGCCUGUCACUCAUUGGACAGAAUCGCAUGGAGAAACUUGGUUGGUGUUUCCCACACCACCUCUGAGGCUAAGGCUUUUGCCGAAGAAUUGGAGUACGACGACGAGCCAGAUGACGAGGGUAAGCCCAGAAAGAGACCUGGUAAGUUGGCUGACUACAUGCAAGCUCCUUACGAGAACGAACAAGCUGCUAGAGCCGCCAACCAGGGUGCCUUGCCUCCAGACUUGUCUUUGAUCGUCAAGGCCAGACACGGUGGUGCUGAUUACAUCUUCGCCUUGUUGACUGGUUACCCCGACGAACCUCCUGCCGGUGUCGUCUUGCCUCCAGGCUCCAACUACAACCCUUACUUCCCAGGUGGUUCGAUUGCCAUGGCUAGAGUUUUGUUCGACGAUGCCGUCGAGUACGAAGAUGGUACCCCAGCCACCACCUCCCAAAUGGCCAAGGAUGUCUCCACCUUCUUGAACUGGGCUGCUGAACCAGAGCACGAUGACAGAAAGAAGAUGGGUUUGAAAGCAUUGAUCGUUGUCUCCUCUUUGUACUUGCUCUCUGUCUGGGUCAAGAGAUUCAAGUGGCAACCAAUCAAGAACAGAAAGUUCAGAUUCGAUCCUCCAAAGAAAUAAAUCCCUUAAAUUCCGUCAAUGGUUGACGAGUCCGCUUCCAUCACCCGGUAACAGUCAUGUCAGCCACUUCGAGUUGAAUGUACAUAGGCGGCUCAAAAGUAUGCUGUGUAACUUUGUAACUCAUGUGUAGGAGUGAAUGGGGUAUUCUCUGUUUCUUCACAUAAAAUUCAUUAAUAGUCAGUGUUCAAUAGAUAUCACUAGAAAGAGAGCUUGUAGAGGGAAGAGUAGGAAUAGGAACCGAGAGUGAGGUAGAGGUCUAAAAGUAGAUCAGGCUGCUCGUUGUGAAGAUCAGUUGUGCUGGAUGGUAUUGUUGAAGGCUGCAAUGGAAAAUCACUAUAUAUGGCAUCACAUGGUAUAUAUCACGUGAUCAAUAGACAAGAUGACAAUGAGUGUAUUUACAGUGUUAGAUUAUGG